AUGCGGACGCUGCUGGUGCUGUCAGACCCGGGCGGCAGUAGCAGCGGCGGCAGCGGCGCGGAGCGCUACUGCGGGUGGGUGGACGGCGGCAGGGGGGAGCUGACUGUGGGAGACUUUUACAGCAACGACACCGUGAAGUCCGUCUUCCUGGACUACAUCGCCGCCCUGCUGUCCCACACCAACGCCAUCACCGGGGAGGAGUACCGCUUUGACCCCGCGAUUCUCGGAUGGCAGCUGGGCAUGGGACCGCUGGACCCGGGCCACCCUGGCUCAAACAGGCUCAAGGGCUGGGUGAAGCAAAUCGCUGCCUACGUGCGCCAGCGCGCCCCACACCACCUCAUCUCCGCCGGCGCCGACGGCACUUUCGGCCCGAGCUCGCCGCACCACCGGCGGCGCAACGGCGAGCGCCUGCCGCCGCGCAGCCCGCUGCACCCGCUGGCGGUCCCACCGGGGAUGGUGCACGAUGCGGUGUGCACGGGCUCUGACUUUUACGUGCACUCCAGCCCCUGGGAGGUCGACCUGGCCUCCUUCGAGCUCGACCCUGCCGGCCGCCUAGCCUGCGGCGACGGCUGCCGGCUGCAGUGGGCGCGCGAGGCGUUCUCGGCACACCUACAGUACGCCUCCAGAAGCCGCUCCUCGCCUGCGGCGCUGGCGCCGGGCUCGGGCCCCGGCUGA